AUGUAUGGACUAAUUGCUAUUCUGAAUGAAUACAAGCAUGUCAAUAUAACAAAGGAUACCAUGCUAGAGUAUCCAGUACCAUCGAAAUGCUUUAUGAAGUUCUUAAAUGCUCCAGUAAGCAUGCAUAAAAUCUUUUGCCUCGUCGAAGUUAUUGCAUUAAUACUAGCGAGUACUACUAAUCAUGGUAACGACGCUUUGUUUCUGAAUGCUACAUUGCACAUUUGCGGUCAAAUGAAAAUUCUGAGAGCCAAUUUCCUUGAUUUUGAUGUCAAAGAGCCGCAUAUCUACGAUCGUUUCAACGUACUAAUUGAAAGGCAUAAAUACUUAAUAAAACUGGCCAGAGAACUUGCCGAAAUGAUUAGUUUCGUUUUGCUGAUAGAAUUAUUUAUUAUCAGUAUUCUUUUGUGCAUAAUGGGAUUUCAACUUAUUUUACAACUAGGUGAAAACAACGUUGUUUUAAUUACAAAAAAUAUAAUGGUACAAAGUACUUUUAUAACACAGUUAACUUUAUAUAGUGUUAUUGGCGAUUAUUUAAAAUCCGAAAUGGAGGAAAUAGGGCUUUCUAUUUAUCAAAGCAGUUGGUACAAUUUUCCUGCAAAGCUAACGAGACAUAUGAUAUUCAUUAUUAUGUGUUCAGAUUCUCCAGUCACCUUGCAAGCUGGAAAUUUUAUCGUGGUAAAUUUGACAACUUACGUAAGCAUCCUAAAAUCAUCUCUUUCGUAUUUAUCUGUACUUCGUGUAAUGAAAAAAUGUAUUGAUACUGUUACGUCCAAGCCCUUGGAAAUUAGAUAUCGAAUGGGAGAGACAAGGAUGGAGAUGGAGAAGAUAUGGAAGGACGUGCAGACUUUAUCUCACAGGAGGUUGUCCGGCUAUGGCAGCUCGGAUUUCCUCGAGAUCGAAAUAGUCAGGGCCGAUGGUGUAGGUGCCCUGCGGGAGAGGAUCGGUGGUGCGAUCGAAACGGUUAAUCACCGAGUCGAAGGUAUCAUCAGGAUAAAUAGAAAAUCAGUUGCGCAGAGGAGGAGGAGGUGGAAAUUCUUCGAGAAUUUCCACGCUUGA